AUUGCUGCACUGUACAGUGCGCAGAUCACGCACCUGUUGACUAUUGCAUUCUUACAGCUUCCUGUAAGCGUUACUGUGCAUACUUGCACCCAUGGCGCUGCUCUCUCGUGGUGUGCGCACUUGCACGCGUCCCUGCGGUGCUCGGUCUCUUCCGAUUGCCGCUCGCCGCCGCGUUGUCUCGCUGAGCUCCACUACCGCCGCCCCUUCGGCGCCCAAGACUGGGCAGCAUACGGUGGAGGAUGCGCUUCGGGACGAGGCGCUGUCGUUUUUCUUCGACAGCUCCGACCUGAGGACCACUCCCACCACCGGCGGCGUGAACAACGUCGUGCAGUAUGUUGAGACAUCGGACGGGCAGCGCUACAUCUUGCGCAUUUACAACAACGGCAACAAAUCAGAGAAGGUCCGGUUCGAGCACGCGAUUCUGAGUCAGCUGGCGCAGCAGGAGCUGUCUUUCCAGGUCCCCCGCGCCUACCCGUCUAAGGCCGGUCGCCCGCACGAGCUGCUGUCCAACGGAGCCGAGGCCUGCAUCUUCCACAUCAUCCCGGGUACCCUGGCCAAGACCACAAGCCCGGAGGAGGUCGGCCGUGCCACCGGAGAGCUCUGCUCGGCCAUGGGCAAGGUCCGCAUUGAGGGUAUGAAGGCGCCCAUCCCGCCAUACUUUGAGCUGUUCAAGGUACAUCACGCCAUUGGAGGCGACGCGGAGGUGUUUUACCGGGAGGUUGCCACGAACCCUGACUUCAACUCAUGUCGGGAGGCAAUUGAUUUUCUGGUUUCGGAGAUUCGCAAGAUUGAGGAGAAGCUGGCAACCUACUUGCAGCAAGAUCUGCCUAUGCAGCUUAUUCACGGUGACCUGCACUACGACAAUGUGAUGGUGGUGGGCGACACCGUUUCGGGACUGCUGGAUUUUGAAUUUUGUGCGUACGACUGGCGGGCGAUGGAGCUGGCCGUGGCUCUAUCCAAGUAUGUCGGCGAGGAUGAUCCGCUGCCGCUGUGCGAGCGCUUCGUGAGCGGGUUCGCGCAGCAUGGUCAGCUAACCGACGCGGAAAUCGCGGCGAUUCCUGACCUGAUCAACUUGCGCAUUUUCUCCAAUGCUGUCUACUUCACGGGCCGCGCCAUUGCGGGUGAGGAUUCCCUGGAGUCGCUGACCUCCCGCGCGGGCUCCUACGCCAAGCGAGUACGGUGGGUCAACGCCAACCGAGACGCCCUGGUGGCCGUCAUCCGAGAGAAGAUGGCCGCGCUGGUGGCAGCAGGUGUGUCCGCAUGAAGCAAAGAAGAUGAGGACCAGGAUGUGCGGAGUGGAAGAGCGCCGACGGUAAAUAAGGGCGAGUGCGCGGAUAUAUGGAAGUGAAAACGGCUGACGCGAAGUAGCGGGUUGAGGAGUGAAGGGUAGUGAAGGGAAGCGACCAUUUUAUAUUUUUUUUUUGAUGAAAAAGGAUGACAUGAUGGUUCUGUUCGCUGGGCCCCCAGGGGGGGGGAAAUGAAGAGAUGUGGGGCGGCUGGCGGAGUGCCCGCGUGUUGUGCAUGCAUGUCCAUCUGCAUGCACUCGCACGCUCGGCAUGAUAUGUCGUACACGUGGGUGUAGUUAGGUUUAAUUUGAAAGCUGUUGCAUUGCCUGAGAGCGCAGGCCGCUCUGCAGGCGAUGUUCUGCGUGUUACUGAAAAAAGCAUGGGGCGUGUGAUUUUUGUUCAAGCUAACAGAGCACAAUGAUGGACGGAUUCCCCUCUUUGGGAUUUCUCCUAAGGGAUACAAAGAGGAGGAGUUGGGAGAGCGACCUGACCCUGAGGUUGAAGUGAGAGGAGUGAUUCGUGAGAGGUGUUUCAGCCGGUGGGAGCGAACCUUGUUGUACGAAGUUGGUUGUUAGACAGUUGUAAUGAACCCCAAGUGGUGGUUGGGCAGUUCCGAGUGAUGGGGGACGGUGACGACAUCUAGUGACCGGCUGAUGAGAGGAUGCGCGGUGACGACAGGUCUAGGGGAACAGAGAGGUGUUCAUGCAGGCAAACACGCACACUUCGGUUCUUAUUAGAUAGUGGUGCAAUGGAGACAGACUGACUGACAGACAGACUGGCGGGUGAACUGAAUGACAGAUAGGCAAGUAAACCGGUUGGGCAUGGAGCGUCGUAUACACGUUGUGUACACACACACACUCUUUCUCUCUCUUCUUGUUUGAUUAUACGAAAGCCUGUACCAUUGGGUUGAUGUAUUUUGAGGCCUAGGGCGGCUCGCGUUGAUAAGCAAGUGUGAGACUUAGUGAUGGACUGAGCCGCUCGCGUGUGUGUGUCUGUGUGUAUGUUGUUACAGGGUGGUAAAGCUUCACCAGCGG